AUGCAAAUUAAGUUAUCCUUUUUCGAUGAUGCUAAAUUCUCAAGGUCUUUUUGGGAGAAAACUUAAUUUUAGAUAGAGUAAUAAUAAAUUGAUUUUCAAUCUGUCCUUUUUGAAAAGAGUAAAAAAACAGGUUUUUGGAUUAGCAAAAAUUAUAUCAUUUAUAAUUGUAAAUUAGUGAAGUUGAGGGUAUUGAAUUGAUUAAAAAUAAUAGCCAAAUAAGAAAAAAAUUCAUCAUAUUGAUCUAAGUUUAUCAAGAAUAGAAAGGAUAAAAUACAAAAAUGAUUAGGAAUAUGAUGUUUGUAAUAAAGUAUAUAUAAUUUAUACAAAUUUAGAAGAAAUAUGGUUUUAGAAUAAUACGUAAUUAGAAAUUUAAAGAGCUUUAUUCAAGAUCAAAAGAACUGAAUUAAUAGAUUUGGGAUAUUCUCAAAAAGUAAUGUCUUUAAAGAAAUUUUAAAGAAGAGUACGUUAUUGAGAAAUUAAUAGGAAAAGGAAAUUUUGCAAAAGUAAUUAAAUUAAUUAAUAGUAGGUGUAUCUUUGUACAAAAAAAUAGGAUAAAUAGUAAUAUGCAGUAAAGGCUUUUGAAAAAUGUAAGAUGAUGAAUAAAGAUACUGAUAAGUAAGCUUUAAUAAAGGAAAUGUCAAUAAUGAGAAAGUUGAAUUACAAAGGAUUGAUAAAAAUACAUGAAGUAUUUGAAGAUGACUCUCAAAUUUUACUAGUUUAGGAUUAUUUAUAAGGAGGAGAAUUGUAUUAAUAGAUAAAGAAUAAUAAAAAGUACUCUGAAUCAAUAGUUGCAUAGAUUCUAGCUACUCUUUUAGAUUCUUUAGAUUAUUUACAUAAAAAGAAUAUUCUUCAUAGAGAUCUUAAACCUGAAAAUAUGAUAUUACGUAAAAAGGGAGUGUUGGAAGAUGUAGUAAUAGCUGAUUUUGGAUUAGCUGAUUUUUAUGAUCCAUUUGGUAAUUAUAUGUUUCAAAGAUGUGGAACUCCUGGGUUCGUAGCUCCAGAAGUUUUGCAAGAUAAAAUUUAUGAUUCUAAAGUUGAUAUUUUUAGUGUUGGUUGUUUAAUGUUUCUUUUGAUUGCUGGAAAAUCUCCUUUUAAGGGUACUACUUACAAUGAAGUUGUAAUGAGAAAUUAUCAUUGCAAGAUUGAUUAUGCUUCAAUUAAUACUAUUAUAAGUAGUGAAGGUACAUAUAUAUAUAUUAUAAUAAGGAUUAUAAUUAUUAAAAUUAUUAUUGCAUCCUCAAUCAAAUUAGAGACCAUUACCAAGAGAUGCUUUGAGACAUGAAUGGUUUAUGAUAAAUUUGGAUAGAAUGAGAUAUUUAGAAUUAAAUAAAUAAGAAUAAUAAUAAUAUUCAGAUAAUAAAGAUACUAUUAAAUCAAGUAAUACAGAUGCAGGUAGUUGUGGAUUUAUGAAAAAUUUUAUUGGUCCUUCAAAUUUAGAUAAACCAGAGUUUAUGACUCCUCAAUAAAAAUGUAUUGGAGAAAAAAAUAAGGAAAAUAUUUUAUUUAGUCCAUAAAUUGCAGUAAUGCAAUAAAUUUAAGAAUAAUUUAAUGAUAGUGAAGAUAAUAUUUCUAUUAAAAAUUUAGAUGAUGAUCUAACAGACGUGAUUUUCGAUGAUGAAUCACCAUAAUCUCAUAAAUUACCUUAAUAUCAAUUAAUUGGUAAAUUGAAAUAAGCUGUUGAUUCAAAUAAUUCUUCUUAUUAUGCAUCUCCUAUUAUUAAGAGAACUCCAGAGAUUACUACUAAGGAUAUCAAUCAUUAAGUUAUGAGUAUCAAAUAGAGAAUAUAUGAAUAAUAGACAUAACCUAAGAUUGCAAACAUAAUUAAGAAUAAUUUGAAAAAUCUUGAAUAAUAAUGA